GGCGGAGACCGGUUCCUCCGAGCUUGGUGGCGGGAAAGGCUGCGGCCGCGAGCUUGAGGGCCGCUGGCUGCCUGGGGAUCCUGAGGACGGCUGGGAGCGUAUGAGUGAGUGUGUGAAUCAGAGGGCUCUAAGCGGACUGCGUUCCUGAGAAGCUGCAUCCCUGAGAAGCACUUGGGAGGCUUUGUCAUGUCUGUCUCCCCUGUAUCCAACUGCCUUACCUCUUUUGGCUGGUCCACUGAUGUAUGGCCUUGUUCAUGAUGAAUUGUGAACUUCUAGCCACAUGUAGUGCCCUUGGGUACUUGGAAGGAGACACUUACCACAAGGAACCAGAUUGUUUAGAGAGUGUCAAGGAUUUGAUCCGCUACUUGAGACAUGAGGAUGAGACGCGAGAUGUACGACAGCAGCUGGGGGCAGCCCAGAUCCUGCAGAGUGACCUUCUACCCAUCCUUACCCAGCACAGCCAGGACAAGCCUCUCUUUGAUGCUGUUAUCAGGCUGAUGGUGAACUUGACACAGCCAGCCUUGCUCUGUUUUGGCAGUGUGCCCAAGGAGCCUAGCUUCCGGCACCAUUUUCUGCAGGUGCUUGCUUACUUGCAGGCCUACAAAGAGGCUUUUGCCAGUGAAAAGGCUUUUGGAGUCCUCAGUGAAACCUUGUAUGAGCUGCUGCAGCUGGGCUGGGAGGAACGGCAGGAGGAAGACAACUUGCUGAUUGAGCGGAUCCUGCUGCUGGUCAGAAAUAUUCUCCACGUCCCAGCCAACCUUGAUCAGGAGAAGAGGAUCGAUGAUGACGCCAGUGUCCAUGACCAGCUUCUCUGGGCGAUUCACCUCAGUGGCCUGGACGACCUGCUCCUCUUUCUGGCCAGCUCGUCCGCUGAGCAGCAGUGGAGCCUACAUGUGCUAGAGAUCAUCUCCCUUAUGUUUCGUGACCAGAACCCUGAGCAGCUGGCAGGAGUAGGACAGGGGCGCGUAGCUCAGGAGCGGAGCACAGAUGUGGCAGAACUGGAGGUGUUGCGCCAACGAGAGAUGGCAGAAAAGAAGACUCGAGCCCUUCAGCGCGGCAACAGGCAUUCUCGAUUUGGGGGCUCCUACAUUGUCCAGGGGUUGAAAUCCAUUGGAGAGAGGGACCUCAUCUUUCACAAAGGUCUCCACAAUCUCCGAAACUACAGUUCAGAUUUGGGAAAGCAGCCCCGAAGAGUGCCUAAACGUCGCCAGGCUGCCCAGGAGCUGUCCAUUCAGCGACGCUCUGCCCUCAAUGUGAGACUCUUCCUCAGAGACUUCUGCUCUGAGUUCCUGGAGAACUGUUAUAACCGGCUCCUGGGCUCGGUGAAGGAUAACCUGCUUCGGGAGAAAGCUCAGCAGCAUGAUGAGACCUACUACAUGUGGGCGUUGGCUUUCUUCAUGGCCUUCAACCGAGCUGCCUCCUUCAGGCCAGACCUGGUCUCUGAGACCCUAAGUGUUCGUACCUUCCACUUCAUUGAACAGAACCUCACCAACUACUAUGAGAUGAUGCUGACUGAUCGCAAGGAAGCUGCCUCCUGGGCACGCCGGAUGCACCUGGCUCUGAAGGCCUAUCAGGAGCUGCUGGCCACAGUCAAUGAAAUGGACAUGUCCCCAGAUGAGGCUGUGAGGGAGAGCAGCCGCAUCAUCAAGAACAACAUUUUCUAUGUGAUGGAGUAUCGAGAACUAUUCCUGGCACUAUUUCGAAAGUUUGAUGAAAGAGUCCAGCCCCGCUCUUUCCUUCGUGACUUGGUGGAAACCACCCACCUCUUCCUCAAGAUGUUGGAGCGGUUCUGUCGGAGCCGUGGGAACCUGGUGGUGCAGAACAAACGAAAGAAGAGAAAGAAGAAAAAGAAGGCCCUAGGUCAGCCCAUUGCUUCUGGUACUACUCCUUAUAGCCCAGAGGAACUGGAGGCUGUGUGGCCAUUGCUGGCCGAGCAGCUACAGUGCUGUAUCCAGGAUCCUGGGCUCAGUUUAGACUCCAUGGUUCCCUUUGAUGCGGCCUCAGAGGUGCCAGUGGAAGAGCAGCGGGCAGAAGCCAUGGUGCGGAUCCAAGACUGUCUGCUGGCUGGCCAGGCCUCACAGGCCCUGACCCUCCUUAGGUCUGCCCGGGAGGUAUGGCCAGAAGGAGAUGUGUUUGGCUCUCAAGACAUUUCCCCAGAGGAAGAGACCCAGCUGCUGAAACAAAUCCUCAGUGCUCCACUUCCCCGGCAGCAAGGGACAGAGGAGCAAGGGGCAGAGGAGGAAGAGGAAGAGGAGGAGGAAGAAUUGCAAGUGGUCCAGGUGUCAGAGAAAGAAUUUAAUUUUCUGGACUACCUGAAACGCUUUGCCAGCUCAACUGUCGUCCGAGCCUACGUGCUGCUGCUGCGGAGCUACCAGCAGAACAGUGUCCAUACUAACCACUGCAUUGUCAAGAUGCUGCACCGGCUGGCCCAUGACCUCAAAAUGGAAGCCCUGCUUUUCCAGCUCUCACUCUUCUGCCUCUUCAAUCGUCUGCUUAGUGACCCUGCCGCUGGGGCCUAUAAAGAGCUAGUGACUUUUGCCAAAUACAUCGUGGGCAAGUUCUUUGCGUUGGCUGCAGUCAACCAAAAAGCCUUUGUGGAGCUGCUGUUCUGGAAGAACACAGCUGUGGUUCGAGAGAUGACUGAGGGCUAUGGCUCCAUGGAUGGCGGGUCUUCUAGUCGCAAACCCCCUAUGUGGAGCCCAGAGGAGGAGGCCCAGCUUCAGGAACUGUACCUUGCCCAUAAGGAUGUAGAAGGUCAGGAUGUGGUGGACACCAUCUUGGCACACCUGAAGACUGCUCCUCGAACACGCAAGCAGGUUAUCCACCAUCUGGUGCGGCUGGGACUGGCUAACAGUGUCAAGGACUUCCAAAGGAAAGGAACUCAUAUUGUACUGUGGACAGAAGAUCAGGAGCAGGAGCUGCAGCGGCUUUUUGAGGAGUUCCAGGACUCAGAUGAUAUCCUGGGUCAUAUCAUGAAGAAUAUCACAGCCAAACGCUCACGGGCCAGAAUAGUGGAUAAACUGCUGGCUCUGGGACUGGUGGCUGAGCGGCGCGAGCUAUACAAGAAACGCCGGAAGAAGUUGGCAUCCUCGAGCUUGCCUAAUGAAGAAGAGUCCCUGAAAGAUUUUUGCCAGGAAGAUCUGGAAGAAGACGAGAACCCAUCAGAGGAAGAGAGUGAAGAGGACGAAGAGAAAGAGGAGGGCUCAGAAGCAGAACAAGCCCCCCAGGGUAGCUCAGUCCUUUCAACUGAAAAGCUUGGACAAAGCCUGCAUCAGGAAGGCUUUUCUGCUCCGAUCCUAUGGCUCCAGAACUGCCUGAUUCGAGCAGCAGAUGAUCGGGAAGAGGAUGGCUGCUCCCAGCCAAUUCCAUUGGUGCCGCUAACAGAAGAGAAUGAGGAAGCAAUGGAAAGUAAAGAGUUUCAGCAGUUGUUGCACAAGCUAGGGGUUCGGCCUCCUGCCUCAGAGGAAACCUUCUGGCGAAUUCCAGCCAAGCUGAGCCCCACCCAGCUCCGGAGGAUAGCAGCUUCUUUGAGUCAACCAGAGGAAGAGGAGGAGCACCAGCCAGGGCCAGACCCUAAAGUCCCUGGAGAGCAAGGCCCCGAGGAGGAGCACCGAAAGGACCACCGAGCGCAAGCCCUGAGGGCCCUCUCAUUAGCCCAAAGAAAGAAAGCAGGCCUGGUGUCCCCAGAAGAGGAAGGGACCGCUGGUGGGAACGAGCAGCUGAAAGUGGCACCCAGGAAGCGACAAUUGCUGGACAGCGAUGAGGAGCAGGAGGAAGAUGAGGGCAGGAGCAAAGCGCCCAAACUGGGAGCCCCAGGAAUCCAAAAGAAGAAACGGUUUCAGAUUGAGGAUGACGAUGAGGACGACUGAAGAGCCAGAAGCAUAGGGAUAGAGAAUGACCCGUUUUUAGGUGGUGAGCUUAAAUCAGAGCUGGGAGAGUCAUACAGGCCCCAGAAACUUCUCUUACUGGACAGAAGCAGUAGAGUCUUAGGCUUCUCCAUGGAUAUAGGGUCCAGGAAGUUCAGGCAACAGUGUUGGACUCCUCUGCAGUCACUUGUUGCUUCUCCCAUUUUCUCAGUAUGCCUCAGCAGCUCUCAGGAGACUUACUCCACUUCUAGGAACCAUUUAUUUGGGUUAUUAGUGCCCCUUAGCAAAUGAGAGGAGUGAGUGAAAUACAAAAGGCACCUUGGACCCGACCCCUCUUAUUGGUCUGUUCCUUUUGGCUUUCUGCUGGAGGUGGGUCACAGCACCAGUUGGGAACUUUGUAACGGGACACCAUUUUUAAAAGGCGCACCAGAUGCUCCCAUCCUCAUUUUCUUUCCUGUGUUCACCUCCUAGACACCAGAUUGAGCUCAAUUCCUACAUUUGAGGUGGAGUUGGGAUGCAGUGCUCUACAGAUGAUAUGUGUUUGGUAUUGGAUUAAACAUAUAAAAUUAAAAGUUGCCAAUUUGA